AUGUGGCGACCUGGAAUUCAGCUCAAUGAGGUGUUCUAUUGUUGGGGCUACUUCACGAUUCUCGGUCAGGCCGACACAGGCGGUGUUUCAUGGGAAAAUAUAGUCCACUUUCUACUACUUCUCAAUCUCUUAGUGUCCAUUCAUAUCGUUUCCAACUUUUCACCACCACAACCCACUAGCACGAUGAGCCAAUGGACUAUUGGGUCCCUUUCGUUGCAGAAUCCGCAACUAUACCCUGCAGUGGAUGACCGAGGAUGUGCCACCGAUUUCGCGUUUUAUCGAAAAACACUCUGGGACAAGAGUAAGGGUCCACGCAUUCUAGUGAUCAACGCCCUCACCGAGAAGAAAAUUACCCUCCAUAUUUGCAUUGAUGGUAAAGAAUCUGCGGAAGAUUUCAAGAGCACGCAUCAUGCAGUUAGUAAUGACAGUGGUGAUCCAACUCUGCAGGAACUUCAGGAUCAGCGUAAACGCGGUUUCAUCUUCAAAGCAUACGCCGAGAGACGUAACGGCUCGUGGGAGGAGGUUGGGCUGGCGACGAAGCUUUGGUCUUUCAAUAUGCAGAGUGAAGGCCAACCAUACGUCGUAUUUGAGUUGAAAGACGUGGAUCUCAAACGUGUCUAUUCAUACCGCAAGGUAGACGAGCCUUGGGCAUUUGUGGGCAAACUUCGCUUCGAGAUGACCAUUGUUUCGACAGCCGACGGCAAAGCUUUGGAUGGUACAGGCUACAAUGGGCGAGGCUUCCAUGUGCGAUCCUAUUCCCUUGCGGAUCAACCCUCGAUUGAGUUUUACGCCAUCUGUCCCGCAAUUCCGAAGUUUCUUCGACACGACGGUAUUCCUAUCACCUUACUACGGUUCGCGCUUGGCCCGCAGAACAAAAUGGGGACUUGGGAGCCGGCGGACUAUCCAUAUGCCAAAGCCAUCACACACCGAGUCUUCAACAGCGGAUUCAAGUACGAAAGAAGCAGUGGUAAUUACUCUUUUACUAGUGGUGCAGGACGGACGACACAGCUGGGCAAGUUCCUGCGCAUAUGGAGUGUCUUGAACAAAUCAGCGCCUGAGCAGACGCAGAAGUUGUUCGAGCUUAGAUUCAAAGACAACCCACCAACUGUCAACUGCAUGGAUCAGACUGGCAUUCUGGGCCUAUGCAUGAGCUUUGCUUGCGUUGACGAAGACGAUCGCAAUACCCUCAUUGCUUACUUCACAAAACCCUUCGGCUUCUUGCACGAUUCGCCUCUUGUCGGAUGGGACAAAGAUAAAGACGGCAAAACCAUCCAGUGCAAUAACCCGUUGAAAUACACCAGCCAGCCAAUGCCAGACUUGUUCUAUCCGCCAACAACCCCGUUUCGGUCUUUCUUCGGCAGCCACGUUUUUCUUGAGUUUAGAAAUCGCAUUUACGACGCGUGUGCCGGUCCUUACACCGGUGGUCAUUUCGCCGAACCUGGAGAUCUCAAGGUUUACCUAGACGCUGCAGUCGAUUCAAAGCCGGGGACAGUUCCGACGAAGUUUUGGGACAGUAGUGAGCACAAGACUGUUGAAGAACCGCCGGGUAUGCGCCCGUGGACGGGCACCGCGGAGAUCGCUAAGCCAUUUCAGGUGGCUGACGGGCACGGCGGAAUUCUGGGGGAGCUUGACCAUACAAUGCGAGAGGGUAAUGAUUGGAAGCGGGUACCAGAUGAUCUGAAUCAUGAACUAGACCUCCAAGCGUUCUCCCUCGAUAUCGAGAAGCUUGGAAAAUGGAUCAUAGACGAGACAAAAUCCUCGUCAACAUGUCAAGUUACGACAGUUGAAGAUCCUGUGGUUGACACUGGUGCGACUGUAAUCAACAAGGACGCAGCAGAAAACGGCUCAAUUACAUGGUGCCUAGAAGCAAACGGUUCUAGUGCUACAUUAUAUGUGCACAUAUUAUCGAGGUUCGAAGAUGCUGCGGCGGAGCGCUCCGCCAUGUUUGGGCAGGGCCGUGUUGAAGGCGGCCCGACAAAGACGCAACUCGCACGCGACAAUCGCCAUCAUUAG